GAACCGGAUUGGGUCGCAUUUUAGCCUUACUGUUUGACGUAGGCAGCCGGUUAAAUCCAGCGACCGAUGGUAUAUAAAAUAAAGAGCUGCAAAAAUUAAGAAACUCUUUCAUUCGUUUGGAAGGAAUUAUUGAGCAGAUUUAAAACUAUCAUCACCAUGCUGAGCCGAAUGUACCGCCCCGUUGCCGUGGCAACCAACAGCGUUCUGAACACCACAGUAAGGAGUGCUUCGGUUGCAAAGGCAAAGAUUGGGGAGAAAUCAGAGGCUGUCUUUAAGCGGGAGGACAAAUAUGGCGCCCACAACUAUCAUCCCAUGGGUGUUGCCAUCAACAAGGGACAGGGUGUCUACGUUACUGAUGUGGAUGGGAACAAGUUUUUCGACUUCCUGAGCGCGUAUAGUGCUGUAAACCAGGGUCACUGCCAUCCAAGAAUUAUCAAAGCUUUGGUCGACCAGGCAACCAAGCUCACCCUGACGUCUCGGGCCUUCUACAAUAACCUCCUGGGAGAGUAUGAACAGUACAUAACGUCAUUGUUCAAAUUUGACAAGGUCUUACCCAUGAAUACAGGUGUGGAGGGAGGGGAGACAGCCUGCAAGCUGGCCAGGAAGUGGGGCUACCAGGUGAAGGGCAUCCCAAAUAACAAGGCCAAGAUCCUGUUUGCUGAGGGAAACUUCUGGGGUCGCACCCUAGCUGCAGUCUCAUCAUCGACUGACCCCUCAGCUUACGAGGGGUAUGGCCCAUUUAUGCCAGGAUUUGAGCUUGUGCCAUACAAUGACUUGGUGGCACUUGAGGAGAAACUGAAGGACCCUCACAUGGCUGCAUUCAUGGUGGAACCCAUCCAGGGUGAGGCAGGUGUGGUUGUCCCUGACGAUGGGUACCUGCGCUCCGUACGUGAACUCUGCACCAAAUAUAACGUGCUCUGGAUCGCUGAUGAGGUGCAGACUGGUCUGGCCAGGACUGGAAGGCGUUUGGCUGUAGACCACGAGAAUGUGCAGCCAGACAUUCUCAUCCUGGGAAAGGCUUUGUCUGGAGGUGUUCUUCCCGUAUCUGCCGUUCUUGCAAAUGAUGAGGUAAUGUUGACCAUCCAGCCCGGAACCCACGGUUCAACAUACGGUGGUAACCCUCUCGCCUGCGCUGUCGCCAUGGAAGCACUCAAGGUUCUAGAGGAAGAGAAGUUGGCAGAGAAUGCUGAACGGCUCGGCAAAAUUCUGAGACAGAAGCUGAAUACUCUCCCAAAGAAUAAAGUGAAGAUUGUAAGAGGAAAGGGUCUCCUUAACGCUAUUGUCAUCAAUGACGACUAUGAUGCUAUGGACGUGUGCAAGAAUCUCCUUAAAAAUGGCUUGCUGGCAAAGCCCACCCACGGGGACAUCAUCCGUUUUGCCCCGCCACUUGUCAUCACCGAACCACAGAUAAACGAGUGUUUCGACAUCAUCAAAGAUACAAUAGACAACAUGUGAAAGGACAUUUAAAAUCUGAAGUUGGGCAUUCUUGUUCUGGGGUCUAUUAAUUGUCAGAGCGUGUUUUUUGUCAUGAUCUUGGGACCGAUAUUCAGUCCCAUUCCCAAUCAUAAUAAAGAAAUAAAAUCCUAAUUUUAUGUAAAAAGUCCCCUUUGUCGAAAAUGGACAACAAAACAUUGAUUAAGCUGACACUGUCAUCUACUUAUUGUAAAUGUGAUUAACAUAAUAUAACACAAUAAUUCACCUUCACUUAAUUCUUUUUUAGAAUAUUCUUGUAAGAAUUAUUUGUGUUUAUUCAAAAUUCUCUUUUUCUGGCAAAAUUGCCACUUUGAAAGAGCCCUGUCAAUUGAGCUGACGGCAGCCAUGAAUUGUGCUGGUGGCGGAGUGUACUAUGCUGACAUUCUAUGAUCUGAUUUGUGAAUCAUGUUUUGUAUCUUACACGUGUUUUUUAAGCUUGACUCUGUGCUUUUGAAUUAUUUUGUCUUUGAAAUUAAUGUCAAAUUGUAUUUUUUUUAGAUACUUGUCAGUCAUUCCUGUACUAAAUUUUCUAACUAAAAUGAGCAGCUGAUUCUAAACGGGUUGGAUAAGAUAUCCAUUUUGAAUGUUAACAGUAUUUAUCAAAAACAACAUGUGCUAAAACUGCUAAUAUUUGUAAUCUGUUUAUCUGUAAGCUUUACUUGGUGAAAUAGUUGUGUUAUUUUAACUAGUACCGGGUAGAUCUUAUUCGUUUUAGAAUAGCAAUAAAAAGGGAUGUUUUAAAUUUGUUAACAGUCAAUUGUAUAAAAACUUGUUGUGCGAGGAUGAAUUCCGGCCAGUUUGCAAAUUUAAAAGAUUCGUAAUAAAUAUUUUGCCUAACUUUGACAACAUGUUUUAUACAUUUUUUUUUAAUUAUGCCAGAAAAAACAUUGGUGCAUGUAAAUAAUAGUGGAAGUGGGGACAAUUUGUGCCGAUGUGUGGGAGAGAAAGUUGUGGUUGCAGUCAUACCAAUAUCUAUUGUGUUUUUAUUGUGUCACAACUUUGACCUCAUAUACAUUCUCUGAUAUACAUGUACAUGUACAUUCAUGUAGGCUCAGAUAUUUUGUCAAAUAUUGUCUCACCAAGUUUAUUAUUUCGAGGCUAUUUCACCUCUAAGAAGUGCUAUUAUACUCUUUUUAUUUGUCCUGUGUUAAGACUAGUUUUUUUUUUGUAUGUUAAAGUAUGCAUACUAUAAUGAUUAGACGUUGGUUAAAGAAUUGAUUAAAGUUUUGGUGCAUGGGUUAAGAAUCUCUAGUGAUAUUUUUAAACGAAGAAUUUCAAAUAUUUAUUUUAGUGUUUCUUUAAGCAUUUUCUUGUAUGUACAUUUAGAUUUUGUUUUAGAUCUUAUCAAUUUGUAAAUCUAACAAUUUUCUGAACUGAUUUUCAGAGUUCCUGCAUAAUCUAUCAUGUGCUAAUUAUACCAAUAAAGGAGAUGGCAAAAUUGUUUAACUAUAGCUCAUGUUCAUCUCAAUAAAAACUUUAAUGUA